AUGACCACGACUUUGUAUACGCGACAAGGGCUCUUGACACGGGCGUGCAACCGACUUAAGGAACGUCUGAGAGACCAAGAGGAACUCCUCACAAACGCGGCUGAAAUCCAUGAUGGAGAACUCGAGCAGCAGUUUUUGAGCGAGCAUAGCAGACAAAUGCGGCAGGCACGACGAACGAUUCAGGCAGAAAUGGACACAGUGGAAAAGGCUUUGGAAAAAUACUCAGGAGAUCGCCGUCUCCCUGGAAGAACGACAACGAGUGAAAUCCCAAUGGUACCUUUGCCUCCAAUGCCCAUCCCGAAGUUCGAUGGCAAGCUAUGGGAGUGGGAAACGUUUUGGACGGCGUUCAAUCACUCAGUGCAUUCGAGAGACAUAGACGACUUGUAUAAGAUGAACUACCGUCUUAACGCUCUCCAAGGCGAAGCAAGAGCUUGUAUGAAGCAGUACGAAAUUUCAAGGAACACGUAUGCUACAGUCAUCGCCCAUUUACAAGAAAAAUACGGCGACCGGCAAGCACUGCUGGACCAACUCCUACGAAAACUGCAAGCUGCAAAAGCCGUAAGUGAGCGUCUCGGAGAACCUUUGUGA